CAGGGGGGCGAGGCGUUAACCCUUUAAUACCCCACCCCAGAGCCGUAGUGUGAAGGAACUAGAGAGAAAGGGAGGGAGAAGACUCCCCCGCACCCCGUUUCUGCCUUGUAGUUGCCACGUUUGAUCCUCCCUCUCCUGUGGCGCUUGCAAUGGAGCCGGGCCGCCUGGCUCCAUGUGAUCGAGUCGAACCCCCUCUUGCGAGGGACUAGCAGGGGCGGGACGACGGGGCAGAGGGAGGAGCAGGUGGGGAGCGGGAGCCUGUUGCCCCCUCGAGAGUUAGAGGCUCGGCAGCCUCGCCCAGCCGCCUGGAUGUGCAAAGCGCCCGGCGACACGGCAGCCACGAGAUGUAGCUUGGCAGGGAAACCAGCGGCGCGAGCAAACAGGUCCCCCCACCCCCACACUUGUUCCUUGUGCCUGUCCCUGCCGGUUGCUCUGGGGCGGGCUGCCCCCUCCCCGCCAGCGGCUGGGGUGUCUCCUCCGGACAAGGCACUGAGUGACGGGGGACGCGGCCAGGCUUGAAGAAUGGCAUGCAAAGAUGGUUUCUGCCAAGGAGCUAGUGAUCGCGAUGUCCUCGGGUCUCUCCAUCACCCUCCUGCACUUCCUGUGCCUGGCGACCUGUGUCACCGAGCCUCCGGGACAGAUCAAAAAGGAGGAGAAAUUAUGGCCGGAGAAUUUUACAAGCAUCCUGAACAGUCUCCUGGAUGGUUAUGACAACAGGCUGCGUCCUGGAUUUGGGGGUCCUGUUACUGAAGUCAAAACAGAUAUAUAUGUCACCAGUUUUGGACCUGUUUCCGAUGUAGAAAUGGAAUACACAAUGGAUGUCUUCUUUCGUCAGACAUGGGUGGACAAAAGAUUAAAAUAUGAUGGUCCCAUUGAAAUUUUAAGACUUAAUAACAUGAUGGUUUCGAAAGUGUGGACGCCUGACACUUUUUUCAGGAAUGGGAAAAAAUCCGUCUCGCAUAAUAUGACAGCCCCAAAUAAACUCUUUAGAAUAAUGAGAAAUGGCACCAUCUUAUACACAAUGAGGCUUACCAUAAGUGCAGAAUGUCCCAUGAGAUUAGUGGAUUUUCCAAUGGAUGGUCAUGCUUGUCCUCUCAAAUUUGGAAGUUAUGCAUAUCCAAAGAGUGAAAUGAUUUACACCUGGACAAAAGGACCUGAACAAUCUGUGGAAGUUCCUGAAGAGUCUUCCAGUUUAGUUCAGUAUGACCUGCUUGGGCAUACUGUGUCCACUGAAACUGUUAAAUCUAUUACAGGUGAAUAUGUUGUUAUGACAGUUUACUUCCACCUCAGACGGAAAAUGGGUUAUUUUAUGAUUCAGACGUAUAUCCCAUGCAUUAUGACUGUGAUCCUCUCGCAAGUGUCAUUUUGGAUAAAUAAGGAAUCUGUUCCAGCUAGAACCGUAUUUGGAAUAACGACAGUUUUGACAAUGACAACGUUGAGCAUCAGUGCAAGGCAUUCAUUGCCAAAAGUAUCCUAUGCCACUGCCAUGGACUGGUUCAUAGCUGUCUGCUUUGCCUUUGUGUUCUCUGCUCUUAUUGAGUUUGCUGCUGUCAACUAUUUUACUAACGUUCAAAUGGAAAAGGCCAAAAGGAAGACAGUGAAAUCCCUCCUUGAAUUUCCAGUCAUGCCAGUGAAGCGAGAACAGUGCACAGAAGAGGCACUCAUGGUUUUGCAAAGAGCAGCUAUGAAAAGGAAACUGACACUCUACAAGAUGCAGUUGGUUCUUCUCGUUUUGUUGGUGGGGGUGCCAACAAGAUCAGUGCUGGCUGACUCCCUUGAAGAUGAAGCUAAGAAUAACAUCACCAUCUUUACAAGAAUACUAGACCGACUUCUGGAUGGUUAUGAUAAUCGUCUUAGACCUGGAUUAGGAGACAGUAUAACGAAAGUCUUCACUAAUAUCUACGUAACCAGCUUUGGACCUGUUUCAGACACAGACAUGGAGUACACAAUAGAUGUUUUCUUCCGUCAAAAAUGGAAAGAUGAGAGGUUGAAGUUUAAAGGCCCAAUGAACAUCCUUCGACUGAACAACUUAAUGGCUAGCAAAAUCUGGACCCCAGACACAUUCUUUCACAAUGGGAAGAAGUCAGUUGCUCAUAACAUGACAAUGCCAAACAAACUACUACGAAUCCAGGAUGAUGGAACUCUCUUGUAUACCAUGAGGCUUACAGUCCAAGCCGAAUGUCCAAUGCACUUGGAAGACUUUCCUAUGGAUGCUCAUUCAUGCCCGUUGAAAUUUGGCAGCUAUGCUUACACAACUUCAGAAGUGACCUACAUUUGGACUUACAAUGCAUCUGAUUCCGUACAGGUUGCACCGGAUGGCUCUAGAUUGAAUCAGUAUGAUUUGCUAGGCCAAACAGUUGGAAAGGAGACAGUUAAAUCGAGUACAGGUGAAUAUACAGUAAUGACAGCUCAUUUUCACUUAAAGAGAAAAAUUGGUUAUUUUGUGAUUCAGACUUACCUCCCCUGCAUCAUGACAGUCAUUCUCUCCCAAGUGUCGUUCUGGCUGAACAGAGAAUCUGUACCUGCAAGAACAGUCUUUGGAGUAACAACUGUGUUGACAAUGACAACAUUGAGCAUCAGUGCACGAAAUUCCCUCCCCAAAGUAGCAUAUGCAACAGCCAUGGAUUGGUUUAUUGCUGUUUGUUAUGCAUUUGUAUUCUCUGCAUUGAUAGAAUUUGCCACUGUAAAUUACUUCACAAAACGAGGAUGGGCAUGGGAUGGAAAAAGCGUAGUCAAUGAUAAGAAAAAAGAAAAAGCAUCUGUCAUUAAGAAAAACAAUGCCUAUGCAGUGGCUGUUGCCAAUUAUGCUCCAAACAUUACCAAGGACUCAGUGCUACCAACAAUCUCCAAGAGUGCUACCACCACAGAACCCAACAAGGCAAAGCCAGAAGCCAAGCCGCAAGAAGCAAAGAAAACAUUCAACAGUGUUAGCAAAAUUGACAGAAUGUCUAGAAUAGUGUUUCCAGUCUUAUUUGGUACUUUUAACUUAGUGUACUGGGCUACAUAUUUAAACAGGGAACCUGUCUUACUUGGGUUUGCUCCCUCAACCUAAAAGCUAAAUUACACUGGGGAUGUAUAAAAUCAUUAUAUCAGAUAGGUUGUUUUGCUAUGUACAGUACGACUAAUAACUGCUAAUCUGUGAACCAAUAUGUACAGAGUGUAUAUAGAUAACUUAUCCGUGUAUCUCCAAAGGAGGCACACAAUGUUUAUUUAUGGAUCUGUAAACAGAUAACACCCAUGGCUAAUAUAGCCAGCUCUUUAGAACUUCUACCCAGGGGAUUUCCUUAAAACUGGGAUUCAAAUACACAGAAUUAUAUCUUCUCCAUACAAUUAGAGGAAAAUAUAGUCCCGCGUAACUAUUUAGGAACAGUAUUUUUUUAAUUUAAAGUUAAAAUAUUUUUCUAUAAAAUAACUAAUUCUACUUUAAUGGGAAAAGCGGUCAUUAAAAAUUAUUUUUAAAAAAACUUAUUUCAUACAAUGGAAGUGCCCAUGUACAUAUUAUAGAAUGAUGAGCUCAAACUAUUCUGUUGUUCACAACCAUUUUGGAAAGUAGUUAUGUUUAAAACUUAGUAAAGACUAUUGGAAUGCCAAGGCCAUUAGUUCCUUACUUCUAGACCUCCUUUGAACGUGUUAAUGAAGUAUUCCAACUCAUUUAAGUGAGCAGUGGCGGUUAAUCAAAUUUCUAGCAUCAAUCAACUUCCACUAGAAAAACUGUUUUUUUCUCCUCCGUGCUUGUUUCUCUGAGGUUGCUGAACCAAGUUCUCUUAUUCAGCAAGGUCAGAAAAGGUUUUUUUAAAAAUAGAUUGUUAGGCUUAUAAAUAUUGGUAAUUGACACUCAGAAAUUUUUCAGGGUCAAGUAUAUCACAAAUAUAAAAUGCUCUUUUUCCUGCCUAGUAUGUACAGGAAAAUCUGCCUUAGAAAGGCUUCCACACAUCUGCCCACAGAAGCCACGGUUUUCAAAGGAAACAGCAGUUUGUGAUUGCGGUCCAGGAAGUUGUCCUCAUGGAUAAGAUUUAUUGCUGCUUUUGUAAAUUGCAACUUUACAUUUCAAUGACAUAACUUAACAACUUUGUAUACUAGAAAGGGUUUUGCUAAGAUGUGAAUGUUAUUUUUAAUAAACUUCAGUGCAUCAUCUGUAAUUGUCAGUUAUUUCAUAUGCAAAAUAUAACAAAAUUGGAGCUGCCAUCUGCAAUUUUAUAUGAAUAUUUAAUGUUAGUAAAAUUAAUUUUCAUCUGAACCUUUGCAAAUAUUCCUUAUGCCCUGAAAGCCUGGUAAAUUAAGGCAUAACUAAUAAUUGUGCACUGUAUUUAGAUUUUAAUGUACUUGGCCAAUCAAAAAUAUUUUGAUUCACAUAUACAUUAGCAGUUAUUAGUUGACCUUUUAAAAUAGAUGCACCUUUAUGAUGGUGUGUUUACAGUAGAAACAUAUGUCAUCGUAUAGUGUCACUUAUUGCAGUUUUGUACAGUACUUGAGUAUAGUGCAUAAAAUAAGUAUGUUCAAAGUUUGACAAACUUGUACAAAUAUUUCUAAAAUGAAUACAUGAAUUAUCUUAAGACAUGGAAACUAGCAAAAACAAAGAAGAAGAAUCGAACAUUGCUUUUUUUGCUGUUUAAUUUUCUUGUCUUUUCUUUGUUUUUAAUGUGAUUCUUAUUUUGUGCUUUGCAUGACAGUAUAGAUGCCAAGGUCACAAAUGCAUUUUAGUAGUAGACUUUACAAUGAAGACAGACUUGACUUUAGUCAAACAAGAUAUUCCAUACGAUAUCAGUAAAAUAGAAGGGAGAACCACUGGUGAAAUGUGAAUUCCCUUCGUCCCCUCUAAUAAAUCCAUCUUAAUUCAUCAACGGUAGUUGAAAAACAAGCACUUUACUCAAAAUAUUAAAAUAAAAGUACCCUUAUUUUCAUAUAUAUAUAUAUUUAUAUAUAAAUGUAGAUCUUCCAUGUAAUACAGAAAUGUGUGCAAUAGGAUGAUAAAGUGUGUAAGGUCUGAAGGCAAGCAAUAAAAAGUUUUUUUUCAUGGUAUAAUUAUACAUUUUAAAAAUAUUUAUUUGUAAACUAUAAAAGAUCCCUUUAAUGUCAUAGUGUCCAGGUAUAACAUAUAUACAUAUGUAGAAUAUUUGUAAAUAUUGAUCUUGUAGAAAAAUCCUUUCAUGUUUCUCUCUCUUUCUGGCAAAGGGCUCUUACUAUGUGGUAUAGUGGAGGCCCAAGCUUAUCUGCUAUCAGACUCUGAGUAGGUUGAUUACUGGUUUUGUGUACCUUUUGGGCACCAUCCUGCAACCUGAUGGGAGCUCUCAACUCCCACUCUCUUCAACAGGAGUUGAGGACUCUCAGCACCUCACAGGUUUGGGCUUAUUCUACCCCAGUUACAUCCCAGAUAGCUCAACAAAGUUAGGUUUGCUGUCUCAAAGAGUGGGAAGUCAGAACUCUGCCCUCUAGAUACAUGAGCAGUGCUUAAUUUGUGCCAGGGCUGAGCCCCAGCCCAGCACAUCUGGGCUUGCUGCAUCAGUCAUGAACGUAAAAAAAAUGACUUGAGCCAUGGAACCUAAUUGCUAGAUUUCUGGCACUUCUUUCAUUACAAAUUAAGCACUGUAUAUGAGUGUGUCCAGAGGUGCAUUUAAUUAUGUGGUGGGAGAGAGCUGUGUAUCCUUGUUUGUUUGUAUUUUUAAAGGAAUGCACACAGAGGUAUCCGACUUACAGAAUUCAAGCAAGUCCUGUCAUUGCUUCAGAAAAUUAAUGUGCUUAAUUUAUAACUGCACUGGGCCUGCUGUAAAUUGUGCACCCUCAAUUUUACAGAGGGCCUGCUUCUGUUCCCUCCUAAAUCAAUAGGAGUGUGGGGAGCAGGGUCAGAAAUAAUGUGUUAGGAGCAACUAUUUAAUUCACUGAACAGUCCCUAUGGACUUGUGCAACACUUAGAGUAAAUCACGUAACCACCAGACUUUUAGCACAUACUUUAGACAUAGAAAAAAUAAAACCAUAUUUGUGCACAUAGAUUGCAUUUAAAUGCUUUCAGAGAGCUACAUGCAACUCCUGGUGAAGUCGGUGGGAUUUGCAAGGGCAUAUCUAAAAGCAGAGUUUCAGCUCAAAGUCUUGUGCAGUUGGUCUAGAUUUAACGUUGGCUUAUUUUGUUUAUUGCAUUUUAAGCAAUUUGUCAGUUGUCCUUAUGAUUCCAAUGUUAAAUCAUUUAUGAUGAUGAAAAUGACUAAAAAUAAAAUUGAUGAGCUCUUAAGAGUGACAGCUGUAUAGCUGAAUGCGAAGAUUGAAGUGAACACAAGACCUUAACAUGAAUUUUAAAAUGCCAGCCUUAGGGUUUUUUUUAGUUACUUCAGUCUGCCGCCAAGAUUUUUCAAACCUGGUACCAAAAAGUUAGGCUCCUAAAAUCAUACUUAGGCACUUUUAUAGAUGCUGAGCACUUGGCGUACAUCUACAACACGCAAAAAAAACCAUGGCUGGCCUGGGUCAGCUGAUUCGGGCUCACAGGGCUUGGGCUGCAGGGCUGAACAAUUGUUGUGUAGAUGUUAGGGUUUGGCCUGGAGCCAGAGAUCUGGGACCCUCCACUCUGCACAGCAAUUUUUAGCCCCACAGCCAAAGCCCUGUGAGCCCAAGUUAGCUGACUCAGGCGAGCUGCGUCCGUGCUGUGGGUCUUUUAUCCCAGUGUAGACGUAGCCUUGGAAGCCUGAUCAAUUUCAAUAUGAUUUGUUGAUGUUCAGCACUUCCAAAAAUCAGCCCACUUUUAUUUAAGAGAUUUAUUUAUGGAUGUAGGAACCUAACUUGUGUCCCUUUCUAGUUUAUUCCCACCCCAUCUACCCUCCCAGGCCAUCCUCCCAAGCCUUCUAUAGCAUUUCUUAUAUGAUCCAAAAAACAAAUACACUAAUAACUUAAAAGUUUAAAAAAAUAAAUAAAAUGGCCUAUCAUUGUGGUAACUUGCACUGGGCUUAACAGGGUUCCAAGCCAGGGUUAAAGAAUAGCUUCUUGAUAUAGGACUGCAACAUUUACUCCUUGAUGCAGAAGGCUAGAGAAUAGUACCCAAGUAUUAAUAGUAAUUUGGAAUUAGGGGGUGAGAAAAGAUAGAGGGCCCUGGGUUUAUCAGCCUUGGCACCUUCUGUGGUAGUCUCCUGUCUUAGUUCAUUAGUUGUAAUGCACUGGCUUCCAAAUAAUCUUGUUGAUAUUUUCAGAGAGACAAAAUAACUUCACCUCUAAUUUAUAUUUAACGCGGCUGCAAACUCCUGUGCUAUUGUGAUGUUUUAUCUAUGUCCUCAUGUUCUCCCAGCACUUUCGUGCAAAUUUUUGGCCUUAUUCAAAAUGGCCACCAUGUCCUAUUAUUUCAAUUGAUGUGAAGUUGCAUGGGCCCAGAUCUUCACAUGUAUUAGUCUCCUAACUUCCUUUGAAAUCAAUGGAUGUUAAGAGUCUUAAUAUCUUUGAGGAUCUGAGCCAUGAUGCUCUCUGGGAAAAUGUCUGCCAUGAAGGCUUUGUUGUAGUUUGGAAACUGGAAGAGAAACUAUGUGCAGUUGGGGGAGGUAGGUAGAAUACUGAAGGGAGUGCAAGAGAAGGAGAAGGUUGAGGGAGAAUGUGAAGAGAAGGGAUCUGAAGGGAAACAGAGGAAGGAUAUGGGCUCAGGAGACUGUGGGUACUUGAAGUGAGAAUGUGAAAGGGACAGAAGGUUGGUUGAACAGUGUGGGGAGCAAUUGUGAAGAAAUGGGGCAGCGACGGAUAAAAUGGCAGCUCCACUUUUUCAGAGGAGAUGGUAAAUGGAGUCCCUUUCUAAACAGCCCUUGGGAAAGCUUACGUAUCUUUGUGUUUGCAUUUGAGGUUGGAUUUUGAACCUGCAGUUAUCACACACCAGUUGUGGGCAGACAGCUUUGCACUAAAGGCUAAAAGGCAGAUCAGACCCCAAUAGAUUUUUGUAAUCAUGAUUUUUUUGUGAUCUGACUCAUAAUCUUGAAUCCUCGGGAUUGGCAAUGCCACUAACCACUUCAUAAAUAUUACGUGCUUAAUUUUGUGCUCUUCCAUCUCUUCACAACUCCUGAAAAGAAAACAGAUAUGUCAGGAACAAAGUAAAUCCUGUUAGUUCCCAGUACAUUUUCCUCAGGUUGUAUGUAAUGCCUUAUUUUGAGGACCUAAGUGGAGCCUCAGAGGUGCAUUGGCCCUCUACACAAUCAUAAAUACCAUUAUUUGCACUUUUUUUAGACUCUGCACUCCUAACUUAAGUGUUUAUGUGAACAAUAAUUCCAUAUCUGGAUAUGAAAUUAUGAUCAGUCCCAAUCCCACUUUGAGUUAAGACAUUGGCCCAUACUACCAAAGUUCAAAUCAGCAGAACAUAGAGCCAUGAAGCAGAGCAAAAAAAGAUGUUAAAGUGAGUGUUAUUGGCAGAACCAGGAAGGUUAUUUAUUCUUCCUUCAAAAACAGUGAGUAGAAAGAUGUGUGCGCAAACAUAGGAACAAGUCUAAAUAGAGUCCACAGUGAUCAGGGCUUUAUCAUUUGAUAUCACAGAAAUAAGAAACUCUAAAUUUUGGUUAAAAAUGAGACUUUUGAAAAACCUAGAAUCAUUAAUCAAAUUAUGUUUACCUGAAAAACUAUUACUAGUUAGGGUUCCAAAUAAGGGAACCUAUUAAUUCAAAAAUAUCAAACAUUUUUCCUCAGGAACUGUAUAAUGUGUCUUCCAUUGGAUAACUAAUUUUCAACAUAAAUUUAAGCUUUAAAAUACUUUGUUAUUGUAAUUUUAUUAGAUAUGGCUGGUGACUUUUUUCUAUUCAUUAUUGUAAAUAGAUCCAAAUCCCUAACAACUGGAAAAUAUAGUUUUAUUAUCCUGAAUUUAGAUUUCUAAAUUACAGCUUCAUAAGGAUUUCCAGGGAUCCAUGAGUGAGCAGACAGAUUCCCCACUUCACAAAUAGGGGUGCAAAAGGCAAACACUUUGAGACUUAAUUUUGGGAAUGGCCCAUGCUAAUUGCAUUGAUAGCUUGUUUUGCUCUGCUUCUAUUGUAUAAAUAUUUCUUUCACUUUAUUUUCAAUGAAACCCCCAUUUAUUUUUAAACUUAGGUCAUGAUUCUGUGCUCACAGCCACCUGGUGGAUCCUUGUGCCCAUGUGGUUCUCAAUGCAGGGUUGCACCUGACCUGAGAAGUAUUCACUUUGAGGGCCUGAUCUUGCUCCCACUGAGAUCAGUGGCUAAACUCCCAUUGAUCUUAGAGGACUUUGGUUACAUUCUAAGGACCUGUCACCUGUCUGUGCACUACAGAAGUCAAUAGAAGUCUUUCUAUUGACUAAUAGGAGUCAGAUCCAGCCCUCCCUGGGAGUUCCUCGAUUUAUUUACCUUUUCACACUGAAAAGAUGAACUUUUAAAUAUAGGAAGCAAGCACAUUUAAAAUUGGGCCUUGAUCAUGCCUGUUUUACUCCCAGUACUGCAUUGAUGGUGGUUUAUGAAUACUGUGAAAAUACUAUGGAUUACAAGUGGAGAAUAACACUUGUGAAAAGGAAUGUACAAUGUAUUUGAAAAUAUGCAACAUGGUUCAGACCCUUCUCCUAGUGCUGGUGUCUACAUACACACAUACAAAUAUUUUUAUUCUGUAACUUGAGUAAUUAUUUAAAUGAAGCUUUGAAAUGUUAAUUGCUUAUUUUACAUAACUUUGUGAAUUCUUCACUCUGUCAGUGGCCUGGGGCUCAUGUAUAUGCAUUAAAGGUGCUCAAAGAUUUCACUAAAUGAUUUGUAAACUGUUAAAGAAGGUAAGCUUCAAGGGUCAUCUUUGUUUUCCAUCUUAUGUUUUUAGGCUUUCUGGGAUGGAUUCAAGUACAGAAUGGAAUAAGAUAUUGCUUUGAUUCUCUGGUUUUUGUAGUUUUGUAUUUAGAUGUUCAUUUUGGCUGAAUCAAUCAGUUAACAGGAUACUGUAGAUUAGCUUUAGAACUGAAUGCAACUUAGUACAUUACAGCUAUAUAGUAGAAUUAUAUGUACAGUACACACAGUAUAAACUAUUGAAUAAAUAAUAUCCAGCUGCUAAACAAAAAACUUCCACACAUAGUCACUUUACUCAGAAUUGUUUGAGGGCACUUUACAUUUAUUUAUUGAAGUGAUCACACUAAAUAUUAAUGCACGUGCAUUUACAAAUUCAAGUUUGAUUCAGAGAGAAAUCGUCGGUAGUAAUUUCUCAACUAAAUGGGAAUCAGAACAUACCUGAACACUGGAUGGUAAGUUUAUUUCAGGGUGUCACCUGGGCUUGAAAAUGUAUAGCAGCUUGAAGAAUAGCUGCUUAGUAUAUAUGGCUAAGUAACAGGAAAUAAUGAGGAAGUUGUUGCAUUUUUUAAAAAAUAGCCACAAUUUUAAAUAUCAAGCACAUGCAUAAUAAAGAAACUGCAUGUUAACUGUAAGUAUACUUAACCUUGAACAACAACAUCAGAUAAAAACUUCUGGGUGACAGUUCACUGAUUCAUUAGGUUUCAUAAUUAUAAACAAAUAAAGGGGAUGAUAAUAUUCUGUAAUUUGUGACCUUGUUUUAACUGGACAGAGUUGUUAAUUUUUUUAAAAGUGUAAAAGAAAUAACUUGACUUAUGUUUGAAUGUGUCAGUUUGCUUGCUGUUAAAGAAUAUUUAUUAACCACAUGCAAAAUAUUGCUUAACAUUAUC